UUAUAUGGAUGAUGGUAAGGUAAUUGAAAAUAUCAAAGAAAUGAAAGAUUUACCAGAAAAAAAUAGAUGGAAGCUGGUAAAAUCUCAUUCAGAUACUGCUGAAUCAGAUAUUGGUAGUUAUUCUGGAGUAGAAAAGGAAUGUAAAAAUGUUUCGGCUAGCAAAAAAUAUAUGGACCAAUCUACGCAAGUGAAUGAGAAAAGUCAAGAAAAAGUUGGGGUCUUGGAAAGUUCAUCCAAUGUAAGUUUUCGUAAUAGUGGAAACGUACAGGUUAAAUUUAAAGAAGGACCUGAUGAAGUGUUUGAAAGAGAUCUAAAGACAGUAUCAACUGAUCAAGACACAAGCGAUCUGCUUAGCAACUAUGUUGUGCUAAGAGAUAAUUGUGGUCCGAGCUGUGGACAAAGAAACAUCAAAAUUGGUAAUAAUUUUCCUCAUGUGAGUGAAGCUAUUCAAUCAAUGACAGAUGCAGAAGUGUAUCAUUACCAUCCAUAUCAGAUGAGCGCACAAGAGAGCAAUCAGAACCAACUUACAAAUAAGAGCGCACCGACUGGAGACGGUCUCCACGUUUUUGGUAGUCAACAAAAUAAAAAUGAAGAAAUAUUGAAGAGUAGUCAGAACAUGAGACACAGGUUGAAUGAGAAAAGAACUCAAAUUAAUUCUGAAACAUUAGGUAGAAGCAUCAAACGAUUAAAACGUAUUUUUGGACAAGAACAGAACACUAAUACAGUCAAUAAGAUGCAUCAGAAUCGGAGUAAUGAACAGCAUCAUGAUGGACCUCCAAUCAAGCACAGGAAUAUUAUGCAACCAAUUGGGAGGGGAAACUCCUUGUUCAAUUGUUCACCUAUGAGAAGUACUAAACAAUCAAAUUUAAAUGCGUCCAAAAUGACAUCACAGGGGAUUGAAAACAUUGCUAAGUACACAAUUUUUGAUGGAUUCCAUUCUACAAAAAGGAUCAACAUGGAUGCUCCUCCCAUACCAGAGUAUAAAUGCAAACAAUUCGACAACGGAAGUGGAGAUACACAAUUCCAAUGUGAAUCUCCAUUUGUGAUGAACGGGAAUUUCGAUAUCAAUGAUAACAAAGGAGAUAUCAGUAUUGAUAAAAAUGGAUACAGAAUAUGCAAUCCACUCCCUGAAAGAAUAGAAGUGUAUUAUUUCGAUCAUGGGAGCUCUAGUUAUUUCAGAACUACUGAUCAUCCACCACCCCUGGCCACGGAUCUUAUAAUCGAGAAGACAGAUCAAAUGUCCACUAAAUUUUGGGCAGGAAUUUUUGGAUUUUUACACAUAUUCUCUGCAGUUUUGACAUCAUUCUUUUUGCAAAUGUUCAGAUUCAUUCUUAUUAGUAGCGUUCGACCUCUACUGAUUGGAACCAUCCAGGUUUGCUCCGACUAUUUUCUCAAACCUUUUCUGGCCACUGUAUUCAACGCCAUCAUACAGCCUUUCUUCAUAUUAAUGUUCAAUGUUGCAACAUCAUUCAGAGACCUUUGUGAGCCGUUGGCUCGAGGAAUCGGCUUCUUCUUGGAACAAGUGGCCAACAUCCUUCGCGCUAUACGAUUGGUUGAGGUGAAGAACAGUACAAGAAAUGGACCAUUUUUGAACCCAUUCAAGAAUCAAGCGAUUGAUAUUUGAAUAGCCUACCGCAAGGGGAUUCAUGGUUAUAGUGAGAGUGAGAAGUACAGAAAGUUUGAAGUUAUAUGUACCUAUAAUAAAUAUCCAAAAGAAAAUAUUAAUACUCCAGUAAAUUAAAUAACUCAUUGUUCAAAAAUAUUCAUGCAGAGGUAAAAACAGUGUUUUCAUAUGAAAUCUCUCCUAAUUAUUUUUUAAUAUGUGCUUUGAAUAGAUUGAUUGCUCAAAUAAUUGUUUAAGUGUGUAGGUGCCGUACCGAUUGAGAAGGUAGCAGAAAAUUAAGUUAUGUACUUUCAUUUUUAUGGUACUGGUUGAGAAAACUGUUCUGAAUCAUCAUUUUGAAAACUUUCAGAGAUUUUUAUAUAAAUAAAAUAUUUCAUCCAUAAA